AUGGUGAUCAACAUUAUCGCCCCAGAGUGGGCAUUCGGGAGGGCCUACAGUGAUGUGUCCUCUGUUAGGAUGCUCAAGGCCCGAUUUGCAGAGAUUCAGGAUAGAGAUGGCGUCCCAUGGUCCGACUCCCAUAUACACUACGCCAAUAUGGGUGGAUUCCCUAUUCAGUUUGCCGAUCCUGAUGCUACCGCCGGUACUCAAGAGAUACCUUCUAUAAAAGAUCUUCCGGAUGGAAUACGAACCCCACAGAUACUUCAGAGAUCAAUGCAGAAGAUCUCGAAUGCGAUUGGCAAAGUUGACUGGGCAUUGGAUAGAUCCAACAUCCUUGCCAUCGAAAAAGCAAACAGCAUAGUUUCUCAAGGCUACCUAAAGAAAGAAACGAUCCUCAACAUGUCAUACACGAAUUGGGUUGGAAACCUCACUCUUCUUUGUGGCAAUCUGUGGGUGGUAGAUGCGAACCAGCUUCUCCUUGCCCGUGAGCGUGGUAUCAUCGACAAAUUGCCCUACAUGUCGCAGGAUUCCCUGGAUGACCAUAACAAUGGUGAUAUCGUCGUCAAGCUCUUGGCAUUGCUUCAGAUCUCGUGGAUGUUCAUUCAACUCGGCGUAAGACUAGGCCGAAAUCUCCCAACAAGCCAGCUCGAGAUUUUUACCCUAUCUUUCGCAAUUUGCUCCUCUAUCACUUAUAUCAUGUUGAUCGAUAAGCCCCAAGAUGUCCGGACGUCAUAUACCAUCAAAGCUGCCAGAUAUCCCUCCGCAGAAGACUUGAUCUACAUGGCCAAUGCUGGCCCGGUGGGUAAUGUUUUCAAAUCCAACAUCUGGAUCCCCAAUGACGCCAUGCACAGAGAUGCCAUAAGGAAAGUGCCAGGGUACGUGAUGAGCCUGGCGUAUUUCUUUGCGUUUGGUGCCACCCACUGCGUAGCAUGGAACUUUGACUUCCCUACAGCCGCAGAGAGACUACUGUGGCGUCUGAGCUCGGUUGUAACGGCUGUUGCCUUGCCAUUUGCCUAUCUGAUCUCGGAUCCAAUUUGGUUGAAGGUGUUUAAACUGGAAAGCCGGCCAAGGAUACUAGAAUUCGUCGAGGGCUCUUUGUUGAUCCUCAUCGUGGUCGUGUUUAUUCUGGCAAGACUAUUUAUGACAGUCGAGGUCGUUCGCUCAUUGGCUUUUCUUCCUCCAGGCGCGUUUAUAGGUACCUGGACAGCGAAUAUCCCACACGUUGGGUAA